AUGGCUUUGAUAAAUGUAAGCGCUACCCGUUUCCUAUUAUUUGCGCUGGCUGUGGCACCAUUGCCGAUCUUUUGCCUUAUAAACCCUUACCUCAAAGCUCACCCCUUAGUAGAUCACAAGCAAAUACUCGAAACGGAAUCAGAGGGACAGCUAAAGCAAGCGUACUAUGAGACGGUCAUUGGAACCGACGUCAGCAGUGACAUUCGAAGGUUAACGAAGGCCAGGGCACGAGGAAAGGUGCAACCGUUUUACUCAAAACCAUUUCCUUGCAAAAAUACAUCUUGGUUCAAAUCUCCGAUUCGACCAACAAGUGUCCACAAAUUGAUGCCGGGAGAUAUUCAGGUUGUAGCUGCCAUGGGGGACAGUUUGACCUCUGGAACGGGCGCCACGGCAAUUUCAAUGUUUGAUACGUUGAUCGAGAAUAGGGGGUUCUCGUGGAGCGUUGGUGGCUUUGGCACCUGGCGGGACACUUUGACUGUGCCUAACAUCCUGCGAAUCUACAAUCCGCACCUCGUUGGCUAUUCAGUCAGAACAACAACCAGUGUUGAUGGCAGGGUAGGGGGUGCGGCCUUCAACGUUGCAGAGGCAGGCGCCCUCUCCCGCCACAUGUUGUACCAGGCCAAGGUCCUCGUGGAGCGAAUCAGAGGAUCCGACAGUGUUGAUUUUUAUCGCGACUGGAAGCUCGUGACGCUCAUGGUUGGCAACAAUGACAUUUGCUCGGAAAUGUGUUACCUGAAGAACCCUAACAUCAUCGUGGACGUCCACUACUGGAGCAUCAGGGAUGCCCUGGACUACCUCAGAGACAACCUGCCGCGAACUUUUGUCAACGUCGUACCAACCUCCAAAGUGGCCUAUCUUCCAAGCGUCCGAUUCCCAAAUUCCUGCUACUUGACCCACACGAUUUUUUGCUCAUGCAUUUUCGGCCCAAAAUACAGGGCAAAUCGAGAAUUUUACAUCAGCAUCUCUGACAGGCUCCAACAGGCCACAAUUGAUGCGGUGCACGACGGCGGCUACAGCUGGAAAUAUGAAACUUUUGCCGCCGUCACGCAGCCGUACCUGGUGAAUUCAAUUUUCAGAUUCGUGGCCACUCCAGCCAACAACUUCCAACCGCUUGAUAUUAUGAAGUUCACCUCCCCUGACUGCUUCCAUUAUAACCAAUUCGGAUAUGCAAUAACGGCGAAUGCCAUGUGGAACAACAUGCUUCAGCCCAUAGGACAAAAGCAUUCAAUGGAACCCGAUGAAGUUUUCUUCCAUUUUCACUGCCCAACUUUCAAACAUCCUUAUUUUUUUACUGGUAGAAACAGUAAAAUUGUUUCCCAAUUAAAAAAAAAACAUUAA